AUGGAACUGCAUUUUUCAACCGAUUUCCCACCUUAUGGGGAGGUAGCUGUGUAUAUUGAAGCCCAUCGGCUCGAAAAUCUCGCAUCUCUAAAACUAAUUCCAAACAAAGAAAAAAUUGACACUACACUAAAACUUACAAAUAUCAAACCCUCCAUUAAUAUUACAGGAUCCAACAUAUUUCGUUAUUUAGCGCGUUCUUCUGAACAUAAUUCCCUAUAUGACGAAACCGAUUUAUCAGAACUUUUUAACAUUUCAUACCAAGACGAUUUACUUAAUAUUUUUAGUGCUAGAUCUAUACCAGAUCUGAAACCAGCUUUAAUUCAUGAGUCAUUAGAGAAACACGGAAGAAGCUACUUGGUGUACCCGGACAGACCUGUACUAGCUGAUUUUUCGGCUUGGGGUAUAUUAAAGGCAACGGGGGGAAACGAGGGAUCAAAUAAUAACAAGGAUUGGAUGAACAAGAUGAAUGAAUUAAAGGCUUCGCAGAUAGCUAUGGAAGUGGUGGAUGCAACUAUUAAAACCGAUAAUUCAAACUCUCCCACAUCUUUACCCAAAAUCAGUGGGGCUGACUAUGAGAAUAACAAAUUAGACCCAUUUCGAGGAAUUGUGGCAUCAAUGAUUGCUGAAUAUACUGGGAAAUCGGCCGAUGAAAUUUUCG